UACUUGUGAAGUGGAGAGACGCUUCUGUGAACAGCACCUACAGUUUACAGGCCGGCGGGAGGGUAGGGAGCAGUUUGUUCAGACAAUAAAUCGCGCUUGCGUAAGGAGCUACAACCGGCGAAUCGCAUCAGUACGCCCGGUGGGUCAUCGUCGGUGGCGACACCCUCCGCUCCGUCAGCGAUAACCGUGUAGAAAAUGACCGGAGAGAAGCUCCGCUCGCUGCGGAAGGACCAGAGGCCAAGCAAGGACGAAGAUCUGCUGGAGCCGGACGAGGAGGCUGCCACCGGGACUUUUGCCGUCCCCAAGGCGAACAACAAGAGCAGGGCGAGUAAAAUAUUCAGCAACCACAAGUUAAUCAAGUCGCCAUCCACACAGUCACAGAAUAAUGGUAACACAAACAACACACUGACAACAACGGAUGUUAUUGAUGACAAAAACAAAAACCCCAUCAUCAAACCCGGGUUGGACUUUCCAGUGCACGAAUGUGUGUUUAAAGGAGAUGUCCGGCGACUGUCGUCGCUCAUCCGGACCCAGAAUAUCGCCCAGAAGGACGUCCAUGGAAACACACCAUUACACCUCGCUGUCAUGAUGGGACACAAAGAGUGUGCCCACUUGCUGCUGGCUCACAAUGCACCCGUGAAGGUGAAGAACGCUCAGGGAUGGAGCCCCCUUGCAGAGGCCAUUAGUUACGGAGACCGACAGAUGAUCACAGCAUUGCUGAGGAAACUGAAGCAGCAGUCCAGGGAGAGUGUAGAGGACAAGAGGCCUAAACUGCUGAAAGCCCUUAAAGAGCUUGGAGAUUUUUACCUGGAGCUUCACUGGGACUUCCAGAGUUGGGUGCCUUUGCUGUCCAGAAUCCUCCCAUCGGACGCAUGUAAGAUUUAUAAACAAGGCCUAAACAUCAGAUUGGAUACAACCCUGAUUGACUUCACUGACAUGAAAUGCCAGCGAGGAGACCUCAGUUUCAUCUUCAAUGGCAAUGCUAUUCCCUCCGAGUCGUUUGUUGUGUUGGACAAUGAACAGAAGGUCUACCAGCGGAUACACCAUGAGGAGUCAGAGAUGGAGACCGAAGAGGAGGUGGACAUUUUGAUGAGCAGUGAUGUUUACUCCGCCACGCUUUCCACCAAAUCCAUCACCUUCUCCAGGGCUCAGACUGGAUGGCUUUUCAGAGAGGAUAAGACGGAGCGCGUGGGAAACUUCUUGGCAGAUUUCUACUCUGUAAACGGCCUGGUGCUGGAGUCCAGGAAGAGACGAGAGCAUUUGAGUGAGGAGGACAUCUUGAGGAAUAAAGCGAUUAUGGAAAGUCUGAGCAAAGGAGGGAACCUCAUUGAACAAAACUUUGAGCCAACAAGAAGGCAAUCCUUAACCCCUCCCUUACCCAGCACCAUCUCCUGGGAGGAAUACAUCACCGCAGACAAUGGAAGAGCACCUCAUUUAGGAAGGGAGCUGGUCUGCAAAGAGAGCAAGAAAAACUUUAAAGCCACCAUAGCCAUGAGUCAAGACUUCCCUCUGGGCAUCGAAUCGUUACUGAAUGUCCUGGAGGUGAUCGCUCCCUUUAAGCACUUUAAUAAACUCAGGGAGUUUGUUCAGAUGAAGCUCCCCCCUGGCUUUCCUGUCAAACUCGACAUCCCCGUCUUUCCCACCAUCACAGCCACCGUCACAUUCCAGGAGUUUCGCUACGACGAGUUUGAUGCAUCCAUUUUUACCAUUCCCACUGACUACAAAGAGGAUCCAAGCCGCUUCCCUGACCUUUAACCUCUCGGCUUGGACUUAAACUAUAAGUUAAUCCUACGAAACACCUUUUUCAUGAAUAAAAACCCCUGGAGAACCUGUCACCCACUCAGACUAUGAACACAUACUGUACAGCAGCAGGAUGAUGACAGGACCAACUCCAAGUGGACGGGUGCUGAGGUGUUGCUGAUUCUCAUUCUCACCUCCAAAUCUGAGGCAACGCAGCAGGAAGUGUAGGUAAUUGAUCUGUAUCAUCAGUCAAAGGGCAUUGAGGUGAAAAGAAACGGCAGCAGAGCAGGUGAGCUUUUAUUUGUGAGGUAAAAGCGGAAUUAAAAACUACCAGUUCAGUUGAGGCUUGUAUUUAAAUAAGUUGUUUAUAAAGGGACUGUGUCUAACUGACGUGUUGUGAUGCACUGAUAAUGCUGUGGGAGAUGUCUGACAGAAAGUUUAUAUUAGAUUCAUUUAUUAUUUGAGCAAAGUGGACAAAACAAACAAAAAAAAAACGUUCUUACCAUUAAGGCUUAUUAUAUUUUACAGUGUAGACAAAAUAAAACCAUCUAUUAUUUGAACUAGAUAUUUAUAUACGCUGUAAAAAAGAAGACGGGUACCUUUUUUUUGUUUUACAUAAAUGAAAAUUUCCCUUUUAUCAGGAUCACCGAAAUAAUUUGAUUUGUUUUCAAACUUGCCAUAAAUUCCCUUAGUCUUUGUAAGCUUGUAUACAAGUGAUUGGAGGAUGUAGUGAAAGAUGAAGAGAAAGGUUGUGGUUACCUCUGUGGUAACACAAACACUACAAACCAAAAAGCAGCAUGUAACGUUCUGCCAAUGUUCGAACUCUCACCUGUGGUCAUGAGGUAUGAAUCAUUAGAAGAACAAGACUAGAGAGAGGAACUCCCAGUGGAGCUCUAAGUAGAGCCACUGCUGCUCCAUCAGCUCAGGCAUCUGAUCAGGAUGUGUCCUGGGGGACAAAAACAUUGGGAGGAAAACCUUGCGCAGAACCAUUUUAUGCUGAAGGGACUAUAUAAAUAUCUUUUAAGCGGUGGUCGCACUGGGAUCCCAGAAAAUGGGAGUUUCCUUCUGUUACCCCAUUUGAUCCAGUAAAAAAAACAAUAGAUGAUUGGAUGUUGUAGGUCUCCUUCCACAAACGUUUUAUCUGAGUUAGAAACUCGUUCUUCUCAUCAGAACUUUGGCAACGGAGCCAGGCCUGUAGGUUUCCUGGUUAACAGGAUAGAUUUAGACCUGUGACAAGCUACUUUGUAACUAAGGCAUAUUCUUUGGGGAGCUAUUUGUGCCAAAGUUUUAACUUAACUUUUCUUUAGUUUAAAUGCAAUAUAUUUUGCCAGGUGCAUCAGUCCCUCCUGCAGUAAUCGUGACCUCCUUACUACACAGUUCUGGUUCCAUGCUUGAACUUUUUCCCUAUUUGAGACAAAAAUCAAACAAUAUAUUCCCAUUUAAAAGGGAAAAAAAGCUAAUUUUAAUCUAAAUUUUGAUAUUUGUUAAAGAGCAAUGGCUUAUUCCUCUCUACGUGGCCUUUCAGUACAUAUUAUUAGAAGUCCUUCAUCAGUGUACUAGAUACAAAUUCAGAACCAGGAUCUGCACAAGGCCUUGUAGCUUUGUUCUUAGAUUCAUAUCCUCAUUUGGUACAAAAUCACCACCUUUGGGACACAGACAGUGUUUCAUGCUGUAUAAUGGUUUAAAAUGACCUACAUGAUGGUGUCUUCAGGCAUCUGACAAAUCACAGGUUUAACCAGACUUAUGGAUGUUACGCCCCCAAGGUCUAAGGGUGUUGGGGAGGUAACAUAAAUAAUGUGUCCAGAGCAGUUUGGGGGAAGGUAAAAAUGAUUUAUUACAAAAAAAAGGGUUAAACAGACCCAAAACACAAAACAGCUUAACCCAAUUGAAACAAAACAAAAAAAA